GGGGGGGGAGCAUGAAUGGAGCAAAAUGGCGGAUCCUGUGCAGAGCCUAGCCCAGCUAGAGAACCUGUGCAAGCAGCUGUAUGAGACGACAGACACCACGACCCGUCUUCAGGCGGAGAAAGCCUUGGUUGAGUUCACCAACAGCCCCGACUGCCUGAGCAAGUGUCAGCUCCUCCUCGAAAGAGGGAGUUCGUCCUACUCCCAGUUACUGGCAGCUACAUGCCUGACGAAGCUUGUGUCACGCACAAACAACCCCUUGCCAUUGGAACAGCGUAUAGACAUUCGGAACUAUGUGCUCAACUACCUUGCUACCCGUCCAAAGCUGGCUACAUUUGUCACGCAAGCACUUAUUCAGUUAUAUGCCCGCAUCACAAAACUGGGCUGGUUUGACUGUCAGAAGGAUGAAUAUGUCUUCAGAAACGUGAUCACGGACGUCACCAGGUUUUUGCAGGAUAGCGUCGAGCACUGCAUCAUUGGAGUGACGAUUCUGUCUCAGUUAACCAAUGAAAUUAAUCAAGUAAGUGCUACAGCCUUCCUCAGUGAAGCAGACACCACCCAUCCUCUGACCAAGCACAGAAAAAUAGCUUCCUCUUUCCGAGAUUCAUCAUUGUUCGAUAUCUUCACCCUCUCGUGCAAUUUACUAAAACAGGCUUCAGGGAAGAACCUGAAUUUAAAUGAUGAAAGUCAACACGGUUUGCUCAUGCAACUCCUCAAGCUCACCCACAACUGCCUGAACUUCGAUUUCAUCGGCACCUCAACAGAUGAGUCCUCAGACGACCUGUGCACGGUACAGAUUCCCACCAGCUGGAGAUCAGCAUUCUUGGAUUCUUCUACCCUGCAGCUGUUUUUUGACCUGUAUCAUUCCAUCCCUCCUUCUUUUUCACCUCUGGUCUUAUCCUGUUUAGUGCAGAUCGCUUCAGUCCGCCGAUCCUUAUUCAACAAUGCAGAGCGAGCAAAGUUUCUCUCCCAUCUCGUUGAUGGCGUGAAACGAAUACUGGAAAAUCCGCAGAGUUUGUCAGACCCAAAUAAUUACCAUGAGUUCUGCAGACUGCUGGCCCGAUUGAAAAGCAACUACCAACUGGGAGAACUGGUAAAGGUGGAAAAUUACCCCGAGGUGAUCCGAUUGAUAGCCAACUUCACAGUGACUAGCUUACAGCAUUGGGAGUUUGCCCCAAACAGCGUGCACUAUCUUCUGAGCCUCUGGCAGCGGUUAGCUGCCUCCGUGCCGUACGUCAAAGCCACAGAACCUCACAUGUUGGAAACAUACACACCUGAGGUCACAAAAGCCUAUAUUACAUCCCGGUUGGAGUCUGUGCACAUCAUACUGAGAGACGGGCUGGAGGAUCCCUUGGAUGACACCGGCCUGGUUCAGCAGCAGCUGGACCAGCUAUCUACAAUUGGCCGCUGCGAGUACGAGAAGACCUGCGCGCUCCUCGUUCAGCUGUUCGAUCAGUCAGCCCAGUCGUACCAGGAGCUGCUCCAGAGUGCCAGUGCCAGCCCGAUGGACAUCGCGGUGCAGGAAGGGAGGUUAACGUGGCUGGUUUACAUUAUCGGAGCGGUAAUCGGCGGCCGAGUUUCAUUCGCCAGCACUGACGAGCAAGACGCAAUGGAUGGGGAGCUAGUCUGUCGGGUGCUCCAGCUGAUGAACCUAACGGACUCUCGCCUGGCUCAGGCCGGCAAUGAGAAGCUGGAGUUGGCCAUGCUGAGCUUUUUUGAACAGUUUCGAAAAAUCUACAUCGGGGACCAGGUGCAGAAAUCCUCCAAGCUCUACCGCCGCCUCUCCGAGGUCCUGGGCUUGAAUGACGAGACCAUGGUUCUGAGCGUCUUCAUCGGGAAGAUCAUCACCAACCUGAAGUACUGGGGCCGCUGUGAGCCGAUCACCUCCAAGACACUACAGCUUCUCAAUGACCUUUCCAUCGGGUAUAGUAGUGUGAGGAAACUGGUGAAACUCAGCGCAGUACAGUUCAUGCUGAACAAUCACACGAGUGAGCACUUUUCGUUCUUGGGCAUUAAUAAUCAGUCCAACCUGUCGGACAUGCGAUGUCGGACCACGUUCUACACGGCGCUCGGACGACUCCUCAUGGUGGAUUUAGGGGAGGACGAGGAUCAGUACGAGCAGUUCAUGCUACCUCUCACGGCAGCGUUUGAGACCGUCGCCCAGAUGUUUAGCACUAAUACUUUCAAUGAGCAGGAGGCGAAGAGAACCCUGGUGGGCCUAGUGAGAGACCUGAGGGGAAUAGCGUUCGCCUUCAAUGCCAAGACGAGCUUCAUGAUGUUGUUUGAGUGGAUCUACCCGUCCUACAUGCCAAUCCUGCAGCGGGCUAUUGAACUGUGGUACCACGACCCGGCGUGUACUACGCCUGUGCUCAAGCUGAUGGCCGAGCUUGUCCACAACAGGUCCCAGCGACUACAGUUCGACGUUUCCUCCCCUAAUGGGAUCUUGCUCUUCCGGGAAACCAGCAAGAUGAUAACUACAUACGGCAAUCGCAUCCUGACACUAGGAGAGGUCCCAAAGGAUCAAGUCUACGCACUGAAACUCAAGGGCAUCUCCAUCUGCUUCUCCAUGUUGAAGGCCGCACUCAGCGGGAGCUAUGUCAACUUUGGGGUCUUCCGCCUCUAUGGAGAUGACGCUCUGGACAACGCCCUGCAGACCUUCAUCAAGCUGCUCCUCUCCAUCCCUCACAGUGAUCUCCUGGAUUACCCCAAGCUCAGCCAGUCGUAUUAUUCCCUACUGGAAGUCCUCACCCAGGACCACAUGAACUUUAUCGCCAGCCUGGAGCCCCAUGUCAUCAUGUAUAUUCUCUCCUCCAUUUCCGAAGGACUCACUGCACUAGACACCAUGGUGUGCACGGGCUGCUGCUCCUGCCUGGACCACAUUGUGACAUACCUCUUCAAGCAGCUAUCGCGGAGCACCAAAAAGAGGACGACGCCCCUGAGCCAGGAGAGCGACCGUUUCCUGCAUAUCAUGCAGCAGCAUCCAGAGAUGAUCCAGCAGAUGCUGUCGACGGUGCUCAACAUCAUCAUCUUUGAGGACUGCAGGAACCAGUGGUCCAUGUCCCGCCCCCUGCUCGGCUUGAUAUUACUCAACGAAAAGUAUUUCUCGGACUUGAGGAACAGUAUAGUGAACAGCCAACCUCCCGAGAAGCAGCAGGCCAUGCAUCUGUGUUUCGAGAACCUGAUGGAAGGCAUCGAAAGGAACCUCUUGACGAAAAACAGAGACCGGUUCACCCAGAACCUGUCGGCGUUCAGGCGAGAAGUGAACGACUCGAUGAAAAACUCCGCGUACGGCGUGAACAGCAACGACAUGAUGAGCUGACAGCCCCCCGGACUGGACCUGGACAGAGCGGCGGCGUCCCCUGGGCCGGGCCCAGAGGGGUGAACCAACCAUUGAGGGGGAGAGGAAGGGAGAGGGGCACGGACGACCCCCCCGCGCG